AUGGCAUGGUAUUGUUCAGGAUCAUCAAAUAAUGAGCUGAUUGAGAACCUCUUCAGGGAAGGAUUGAUCAAGAAUGAAAGAGUGAAAAGGGCAAUGAUGGCGGUUGAUCGUGGUCACUAUGCACCCUCUAGACCGUACUCGGACGCGCCGCAGCCUAUCGGCCAUGGAGCAACAAUUUCCGCACCGCACAUGCAUGGACAUGCAUGCGAGUAUCUUAUCCAAUAUCUCGGACCGGGUUCGCGGGUCCUGGACAUUGGCUCUGGAUCGGGAUAUCUGACCCACGUGAUUGCCAAGCUGGUUACGGAUACGUCAACCAACGGAGGCUCGAAGGGACAAGUCAUCGGCGUCGACCAUAUACAAGAAUUAGUGAAGCUAGCGCAUGAUAAUAUGAACAAGUCCGAAGAGGGCAGAGAGCUUCUAGCUACUGAAAAAGUCAAAUUUAUCAAAGCUGAUGGCCGAUGUGGAUGGCCAGCGGGGGCACCGUAUGAUGCCAUCCACGUUGGCGCAGCGGCAGCAGAACUUCAUCCACUGCUGGUUGAGCAGCUGCGAGCACCAGGCCGGAUGUUCAUACCAGUCAACGCUGACGAUGAACACGGUACGUUGUCCAGCGCUGCAUUUGGAGGUGGACAGCAUAUCUGGGUAGUGGACAAAAAAGAGGAUGGAUCCAUUCACAAGGAGAAGGUAUUCCAAGUUAGCUACGUGCCUCUGACUGAUCCACCAAAAUAA